CAAGGGGAACGAAGUGGCGUGAAGGAGGGGUCGGGAAGAGGCUAGAGAGGCAGGAAGAUGAGGAGAAGGGUCCAGACGUUUCUUCGACGUUCACUUUUGAGUUUAGUGUCUUCCACCUUCGUGAGAACGCGAGCUCUACGGUAGGUGCGUUAAGUUGUCGAAGGAAAGCAGCGGCAGUAAACGAAGAGGGAGGCGAAAAUGUCGGGCCAGGGGCCAAAGUUCGUGAACAAGCAAUUCAAUUCGCCGAUCAAUCUCUACUCGAAGCAAUCGAUCCAGGAGACGCUGGACCGGCAGACCCAGGUUCUCGCCAACGGUGCAGUCGGAAUCGACUUCAAUCAGUUGGCCAAACCGUCGAAUUUGCAGAACAGCGCGGUUCUGCGUAUGCUCGAGGAGGAGGAGGCCAGACAACGUGGUGGACAAGGCAGUCUGAAGAGAGUCGCGUGGCCACCGCCACCCGAGGAUCAAGAUUUCAUCUACGUGGAGCAGAGUCCUGUCCAGGCUAAGACUCGUGGAACUGGCGAGUUCGCCUCGUACCAGAGCAGUCCCUCGUCAGGUCCGUCGCCCCAGCCACCGUCGUUGAGCCAGGCCCCACAACUCCAGGCACAUCAGACAUUCGUGCCAUCAUCUCCGUCGCCCGUGAGUCCCGGCGGGACGCUUCGACAGCCGUCCCACUUUCAGCAGGCUGCCCCAGUUAAGGGUUGGGCCCCAGUCACACCGCCGGCAUCAUCCCCUUUACCCCAACAAACUCAGCAGCCACCUUCCUGGAGAUCGCAGCAACAGCAGUCUCAACCAUCGACUCCUCAGCAACAGAUUCAGGCCCCGUGGAGAGAGCCCCAGCAUCAGGUCCAGCAGCCACAGCGAAAGGAGCAAGCGUCUCGUAUUCCUCCUCAGCAGGCACAGAGCCAACCGGUUCAAGUGUAUCCCUCGGCAAGCCCGGCACCAGUUUUCGAGCCACCGCCAUCAACCAUCACUCUCAGACCGCAGCCACCAAUUUCUCAGGUACCGGCACCAGUGUAUCAGGCACAACCAGCGGCUACGAAGGCACCAGUCAGUGGCAACAUGAGGGGAGACAUGAAGUGGCCGCCUGCGUCUGUGAAAGCUCAGACGGAGGCAGAGAACAGGGCCCGUAUGGAACUUGCAAAAGGCCCUGCCGUCAGGCCCCGCCGAGUCAACAAAGAUUACACCGGGUUCUUCUCUCAGCAUGCGCUGAACAGCACGUACCCUGGUUACCGGGCCCCACCCGGAACUCAAUACUUCACCCCUGCUUAUCAGCACUAGCGAAAAGAUCCUCGCUUACCAAAAACCUCCCGCGAAGAGUCCUUCCGGGUAAGACCCCAGAGGGUGCUAGUGCAGAGACGUCGACAGCUUCGUCAAACUUCCCUUCUCUGGCAUCCUCCACGAGACGUCUGGAUGUUACUCCGUCCUCGCUGAACGAGCGUACCUUGAACAGCGAGGGUUCAUCGCUUUGGACUCCUCUUGACUAUCCCUCGGGAAUCGUAAACCGUGCAGGGGCUUCGGGGCACGUGUCCCCGCUCCCGCUUUCUUGACUUCCGGUUCCUGCUCGCAGCUGCCCCACGUUACCUCUUCCGUUCGCCAGAAAGCGAUCCCUCCAGGAGUUCUUGAAACGUGCGAGGGAAGUCAUGUCGAGUCCUAUCGACAUCCGUCACCUCAUCCAUUACGAACGUCUCCCGUGAUAGCAAAACUUCUAUUUUUCGUUUAUUUUUCUCUUUUAGAGUUUUACUUGUCCCACCCAACUAUUAUCCCUCUUAAAUAUAUGGUAGUAUGCUUGAUUCGCGCGACACGAUUACCACUAACGCUUUCCUACCCAAUUUUAAACUUCGACCCGUGACCUGGACCAGUCCGGUCAGUCAGUCCGACCAGCACCUCAGUGCGCAUUGUCGAUUUCGCAGCAUCGUAUAUUCAGAUGCCAUCUUCGCCGAUACACCGAUCUUCAAACUUUUUGUAUCGUAAGACUUGCGCGUUCUGACGAAACGACCUAGCUGUCGGAUCUUGGAUGAUUCGACACCAAGGAAGAUCAUGCAAACAGGAUCAUAAUUCCUGAAUCGCGUACGGACGACUAAAACGACGAGAUUCGAAUGAAGAGUCUGAAAAGGGUGUAUGCCAAUCGACCCUUGUAGUUCUCUUUCUCUUUGCAUAAAACGUUAUGAAACGAAGAUGGGUGUAUUUUUUGUUGUUGUUGUUGUUGUAUGUGAUGCAACCACGACUGUCAGAGUUGUUAAGACUAACGGCAACUUCUUAACGAUGUAAUAUAUUGACGUGUAUAAAGAAAUAAACGAUCCUUACACACAA